GCCGAGCUCAGUGUGUUGUUGUUGUGUGUCCGUGACGGCCGCGCGCUGUUUUUGGUCUCUCCUCUCCUCUCCCCUUUCCCUUUAUUCUUUUUCAAACCUUUUUCGGUUGAGUUUUUUCGGUUUUCGGGUCGAUCGAAGGAAAAUUGAAGAGAACAUUUCUUGAAAAGUUUUAUUGAGGUUUUUUGAAUUUCGCGCGAAAUUUGAUUUUCGGGAGAAAUUGAUUUUUUCGACGAAGAAGAGUUGAUAAAAUCAAGUGAAUCGAGUGUUGUUUGUGAGCCCCCAAACUUUGUUUUCUUGUUGUUGUUGUUGUUGGUAGAUUCACACGGCAACAACAACUUUUGAUUUGAAUAUUUCGUCGGCUCGUGAAAAUUCACAACUUUUUUUUUUUCUAUUUCGUGGACGAGAGAAUUUUUUUUUUGGCUUGUGUUGUUCGCGGUGCGUUCGUGAGUGGACCAACAACCUCUCGAGAGAAAAAAACAACUGCAACUUUUUUUGGUUUAGUGUUUGUCGUCGUCGUGUGCAAUACCUGAGCGUCGGCCUAAUUUGAAUGCGACGAAAUUCAUUCAGUCGACUGGCGGGAUAAUUUGAAACUCGGAAAUUCCCCCAAGUUAAAAAAAAGUUAAAAAGUUAAAAAGAGAAAAAAAGUGGUUGGCUUGAAACAACAAGAGUGUCGUCGGGGGUCUUGUGUUGUUGUUGUUGUUUCUACUGUGUGCGUUCGUGUUGGGUGCGGGGGCCCGGACUUCCUACUCUUCUUCCUACUCUCUCGUUCGCAUUCAUUUCUAUAUAUUGCCGAGCUCAGCUCAGCUUCUUCUUCUUCUUCUUGCCCGUCCAGACUACUCCCAACAAAAACAUGAACAUCUUCUGAGUUCCUUCCUUUUCGAAAAAAAACAAAAACAAAACACAAUCGACCCGCUUUUUUGGGUUGUUUCAUUACCCCCCGACAAUUUUUUGUUGUUUUCGACUAUCCAAGAAAAUUCUGUGGCCGCCCAGGAGUGACCCAGGACCGGCGCCAAAAUAGCCACCGUCCGCUAUGACAACUCGGAUAUAGCAGCAGCGAGUGCCUACGGUAAAAUGACCAUGGAUGAAUUUCAUCCAUUCAUCGAGGCGCUGCUGCCUCACGUCAAGUCUUUCUCGUAUACGUGGUUCAACCUGCAGGCGGCCAAACGCAAGUACUUCAAGAAACACGAGAAGCGGAUGUCGCUCGAGGAGGAGCGUCGCUGCAAGGAAGAACUUCAGAACGAGAAACCUGAGGUGAAGCAAAAGUGGGCCAGUCGCCUGCUGGGCAAACUGCGCAAGGACAUCACGCAAGAGUGCCGGGAAGAUUUCGUGCUGAGCAUCACGGGCAAGAAGCCGGCCAUGUGCGUCCUAUCCAAUCCGGACCAGAAGGGCAAAAUGAGACGCAUCGAUUGUCUCCGACAAGCCGAUAAGGUUUGGCGGCUGGAUUUGGUGAUGGUCAUCCUGUUCAAAGCCAUUCCGCUGGAGAGUACGGACGGCGAGCGGCUGGAAAAGUCGCCCGAUUGCCUCCAUCCGGGCCUCUGCGUCAAUCCCUAUCACAUCAACGUCUCCGUCAGAGAACUGGACCUUUACCUGGCCAACUUUAUCAACAGCCACGGAGCGGAGACAUUGAGCGGGAUCUGUGAUACUGGCGACAAGGAGGACGACGAUCGCAACUUGAAAGGAUAUACUCACAACCCGUACAAUGGAGUCAUCUACAACGACACGAUCCUGGCGACAGGUGUCUUCUCAUCAAAGGAAUUGUGGCGGCUCUCCAAAACAGCGUCAAUCAUGCAGGGCUCCAACGGGCUCCAGCCGCCGCUCAACGCCAUCAAGAUCGAAGCCCCGUCUUAUUAUUGCAACAGUUACACGCCACCGGCUCCCGAUCACUCGGCCUCCAUGCUCCAAGCAGCUGGCGCUUACAGUCCUCUGUCUCUGCACCGCAAUUCGCAGAGUCCGAUCGACCCCCGAGGCGGUGGUGGUGGCCACCAGCACAAGCGACUGCGGCGGAUGAGCUCGACGGAGGACGACCUGCAGGACGUUUCAUCGCAGGGCGGCGGCAGCGGCGGCGGAGGGACGUCGUCGAGCAUCAUCAUCCGCGGCGGCGGCGGACAGGGCAGCAACGACGCCAAUAAAUCCAUCCCGUCGGCCGCCGAUUUGAGCUACUACGGCCACCAGCAGAGUCCCAACUCGCUGUCCAAUCAGACCUCUUGGCACUCGGAAAUGGAUCACGGUGGCGGCAGUGCAGUUGCCAAUGUCGUCGGCCAACAAUCCAUCACGACCAUCCCCAUCCCAGCCACAUCCUCCACUUCCUCCACGUCUUCCUCUUCCGCAACUUCUUCCAUCACGUCGGCGACGUCGCCGCCGUCGCCGCCGUCGUCGUCGUCAGCCUUGUCGUCGUCCAUCGGCUCCAAAACGCUCAAGAUAGAGCCGGGAAGUGUCAAUUGUAAUAAUAAUAAUAACGGCAGCGGCGGCGGCGGUGGUGGUGGCGGCGCGGCCAGACCUUCCUCGGCCGAUGAGGGCGCCAUCAUCUCUAGUCACGAUGGCCGGCAGCUGGCCAGUCCUCACCACCAUCACCACCAACACCAACAGCACCACCACCACCAACAACAACACCACCAGCAGCAGCAACAACAUCAUCUGCAGAGCAACAGCAGAGACGGUUUGCAGCACGGUUCUGUGGUGUCGCUGGCCGCGUCCAGCUACUACGGUCACGAUCAGGGACUGGUGGUGGCGACGCAACACGGCGGCCACGGCGGGGCCGGCGGAAGCAACGGCGGAGGCAACGGCGGCCCUCACUCGCCCGGCAAGUACCAGGAGAACGGCCACGACACUUUCUCCGAUUUUGUCACGCUCGUCUGCCAAGAAGCCCAAAACACUCAGAACGCCCAGGUUCAAGCGGGAUCGUCACGCGGGACCAUGAAGCUUUCGUCCUCAUCGUAUUACGCCACCAGCAUGUUACCGCCUCCUCCGCCACCGGUAAUGGCCCGUCCGGUGGCCAUCAUCCGCUCAACAGACAUGACCAACUCGCCGCCGCCUUCGGUGACGCCACCUCCUUUGGGCGUCGGUGAUAACAACCCGUCGUCGUCGAGCGGUGGCGGCGUCGGCGGCAACCGAGGUCCGCCGCUGAGUCCGACGUCGAUCGGAUCCAACGGCGGCGGAGGCUCGGAAGUGCUCCAACACGGACGCGGCGUCAGUGGCGGCAGCGGCGGUUCCGGCGGUGGCUCAUCGGCCGGUUCCUCGUCGUUCGGCUCCGGGCGUGACUACACCUUCUCUCACUUGCACGCGCAAUCGGGACAGUUAUUUACGUAUACGAACAUCGGACCGGUUGGUGGAAUGUCGGGCGUGAUCAGUCCGACCAAUUUGAGUUUGUUCUCGUCGUCUCCGUCCGGCGGAGGAAACGGAGUCAACAACCAAUCGCCUCGCACCAUCACGCCCAACCAGCAGCACCACUCAAACCAGCAGCAGCAGCAGCGAAAUGGACCGAGCAACAACACGUCCAGCCAGCAGCAACAACAGCAACAACAACAGCAGCAGCAGCAGCAGUCGGUUUCCAGGUGGAACACGGGCUCGUUCAUCGCGCUGGAUGACAACAUGGACUACGGAAUGAUGUCGCCGCUCAUCUCAUCGGGCGGCAACCAAGUGGUGGACCAGCAAGGAGGACCCAACGGUCCCGGAUCCCUCAUGGACGACGGUAUACAAUACCUGGCCUCACGCCCUCAUUCGCCCACUCGAUUGGCUCCUUAAAAAUGUUGCUAGCGCAGUUCUUUUCUCGCAACUGUGGUGAUCCUCUCCUUUUGAUUUAUACAACGAACAACAACAAAUUUGGCCAUUCAAGUCAAAGGGAAAUGGAAAUAAAUGCAAAAUAAUUUUAAAAAAUUCGGGAUAAAAAAUUUGAAAUGCCCGCCCCUCAUCCAAGUCCGUCCAGGAUUUUGAUUGUCACUGGAUGGACUUGGGCAAAAUAGCAGCUACACUAUUUAUAUAUAUAUAUUAUACAUAUAUAUACACAUGUAAACCGUUUUAUUAAAAAAGAAAAUACUUUACACACAUACAUACACACACACACACACAAACAAAAAAUGAGAAAAACGCAAUAACCUCCUCCUCCUCCCUCCUUGUACGCUCUCGAGAUUCUCUCACUCACUUAAAGGUUGUGGUGACUCGUCAUUUUUACAAAAAAAUUUAAACAAACCAACAAAUUUUUCUUGAUUUUAAUUGAAAAAUUAAAAACAAAAAACUUAUUAGUAUUGUUACUUUGAAAAAAAGGGGAUGAUUAUAAUUAUUAUAAUUAUUUAGUUCCAAUUUUAAUUUAAUUAAAACAAAUUUGCUAUUACGUAUAAUUUUAUUAUCAAAUAGAGAAAUAACCCCCUCAUCCCCGUACGUAUAUUAUAAUAAGUUGAGAUUAAUGCAAUAAAAUAAAAAAUUGUCGUCGAGGAAUAAUAAUUGCGCCAAACCAAAAUUUUUCGAAAAAUAAUAAUAAUAAUCGAUUUUUUAGAAUUAUUUGUCAAAUCAAAUUUCGUUCUUGUCAAAAAAACAAAAAAUCGCAAAAUUUUCUUUUUUGUCAAAACUUUUCUGUUCAAUCAAACCUCACCCCCCACACACGCGCGCCGUUGUAGGAGCCAAUAAGCGAGUGCCAUUAAUUGAUUUUUUUUUAGUGACGAGUUAUUCAUUUUGAUUGGAUUUCUAAUAAAAUGUCGUUUGUUAAUUCAAAUUUUUUUUACAUAGUCGUUUCGAAUUGAAUUGUACGAAGAAGCCCCUCCCUCCCCCCCCCCCCCCCAAAGUUUUGUGCGCGUGCUUCCAACAACAACAAACAAACAAACAAUAAUUAAUGAAUUAAUGAAUCGUGUCAUGUUCAUCUGCAUACUUUUGGUUUGGUCUGUUAUAUUUGUCAUUUGUGUUUUGUCUCUCUCUCUCUCUCUUUCUCUCUCGCUGUUGUUUGGUUAAACAUCACACAGACACAGACACACACACACACCGACACACUACAAAAGAAAAAACUUUUUUUUUUUUUAAUUUUGGUUAUUUUUUUUUUGAAUAUAUUUUGCUGUGAUUUAGUUGCGUCAUCGAGUGCAAAGUGAAGAGUUUCGUGUCGUGUGUGUGCGUGUGUGUGCGUGACGUCUUGUGUCGCUGCAAGAAGAAGAAAAAAAAAACGUAGCAAUAAUUUCUCGUGCUGAACUGAAGAUAAUUGACAGAAGAGUUAUAGUGUGUUGCAUAUAUAGCCUCUAAUAACAGCAAAAAAAAAAUUAAUAAUAAACUUAGGCCUUCAUGUAAAUGAGAUAUUUAUACAAGAUAGAUGCAAAUUUUUCUUUUCGACGUGAGUGUGUUCUUUUUUUUUUAAAAUUACCUUUUAAUCUCCCUCACUGUUGUUGAUUGAUUGAUUCUUCCGUAUAUUUACCCACACAUUUUUUUAAAUUCAUCCUUACAACCCCUCCCCCAAAAACUGGACUAAUAAUAAUUAAAUAGCCUUACAAUAACAUUUUGGAACAAACAGAUUUUUUUUUUUUUUUUUACAUACCAAACAAUAAAAUACAUUCAUAUAGUUACACACCUACACGCAGAGACACCACUCGGACAAUUUUUUGGAAAACAUUUCGGGGAAAAUUAAAUUUCUCGCGCCGUUUAUUUGUUUGAAUUAUAACCGAAAAAUUACAACGCAGACGUUUAUUUGUAACCAAACGCUCACUUUUAUUGACGCCGUGCCUGUAGCCAGAAAAAAAGACGAAAAUUGGGAGCGGGGGAGGAUUAUAGGAAUAAUAAUUAAAAUUAAUUCAUUUCGUUUAUUUUGAAAUUCCUUCUUCCUUCCUUGUCCAAUUUCUCCCCCCUUGUCAAAAUUAAAAAUUCAAAAAAAAGGAAAACAAAUACAAAACUUCAUGUGGGUUCUAUUCACCAAGUGCUUAAUUCUACUCUAUCUCUUAAACUACUAUUAAUUAUGUAGACAAUUAUUAUUCGGAAAGCAUACCAACGCCAACGCAAUUAUUUAAUAGCAAUUUUGAUUAAAAAUCAGAAAAACUAUUUCGCCUUUUUGUUUUUAAUUUUCUAGAUUCGCCUUCCACAUUUAGCCGCUGGUUAAUUCAACAAUUCAUUUCUCUUUUUUUCGUUUCAAUCACGCAAUACUUUGUGUCAAAUCGCAAUAAGGUGCAAAUAGUCGCCCGGAGCCAAUCUCUAAGCAAGAAAAAGAGAAAAAAGAACGUGGAAAAACAAAACGGAGUUCUACAUCUAAUCUAAUCCGCCCCUUUUUUACUCUGUUUAAAAGAUGAAUGAUGUAAUUAUUAUCGUGUAAUUAACCGGUGGAUAAGAAGAAAAGGGAGAGAAGAAAAAAGCCCAAUAAGAAAAUCGUUGGUUCAUUUUCUUCUCGUUUUGUUUUCACGGCAUAAAUAUAUUUAUACGUGUGUGUGUGUGUGUAAUCAGCAGGUGUGUGUGUGUGUGCGUAACGGGGCGCGUAAAAACAAUUUCUAGGUACCAAAAAACAAUUAUAAAAGCACAAAACUAUCGUGGCGUGAUGGUAGUAGAAGAAUAAAUAAAUAAUUGACUCAACUCUCAGCAGACCAGGCGAAAUUUCGCAACACUUUCUUUUUCUUCAAUUCAUUUUGAUUAUUUCUGGAAUGUAAUUUU